CACAUCAUAACCCCUUAUUGUUGGUUGACUCGAGAAAAAUUUUACCAUAGAAAUCACAACACAACUCUUCUUUCGGAGCUCAUUUCAUGCAGCCCAUUCAUUGCAAAACGUUUUACAUGAAAUAGUAUCGAAGUUCCUUCCCGUUACAGACAUGGCUGCUUCUGGCCUGGUGUACGGGGCUGGAGGAAAGAAAGAUCUUCUUACAGUUUUGCAAGACUAUAUAAAACAGCAAGAAAGAAGAAAGUCUCACAGCUCUAUGAAUGAAGAUGGUUUCAUCAUUGUGGUAAAAGAGUCAGUAUGGACAAGCUUAUUUGGAGAGUACUUCAUGUCAUUAGACCCUGAUGAGGAGGUCAUUCCUCAAAAUGAGGACGAUGAUAUGCUUUUUUAUGUAAGAUGCAACCCAAGGAAAACUGGUGAUGAGGUUUUUGUGUUUAGAAAAGAAUCAAAAAGUAAUCCUGGGCUGGGUGACCCACACAUCAACUGGGAGGAAACUGUCUAUCUCAAUUUGAUAAUGCAUCAUAUGGAAUAUGAUUUAACAUGUGCAGUUUGUACAAGGCUUCCAAGUCGAGAUAUGAAGGUUGUUAAAAAGGCAUCAGUGAAAAUAUACGCAUCGCCCCAUGCACGGAGAAUGGACAGUAAAGGCGAGGAGUCCAGUCAAUCUUACCCGAAUUUAUUCUUCAUGAUUGACACAUAUGAUGAGGUUUUUGGAUCUCUUUGUGUUGGCGAAGAUGAGAUGGUCUGCGUUGAACUGGUUGCCAAACACAAGGAAAAUGGAAGCAAAGCUGUAAUAUUUCUCGGCUCUGUAACCUAUGAGGCGCUGAAGAAAGUGUACGAUAGCAAGGGAAGUUUUGGGAUGAAGGUAGCCCAAAAAAUGUCACUAGGCUGGCUUUCGAACGAUCAAGAUCACACGGAGUUCAUAAAGAUGAAAGGACCACAUGGAAAGGGGUUUGCGGAGAUGGCAAUUAGACAAUAUAAACCAAGUGAAAAUGACAAUGUCAGCAAUGCAUUGGAACACACCUGUCACUGUCAAGGAUCUGAUGAGAGUGGUAGUUCGGGACGAAAUUCAAUAUGUCCAAAAUGUGGGCACAGAAAGAACCAUGGGGGUGCAGCACCAUUAAGUUCAUUCAAGUGGAUGGGACAUAGGAAAAAGACAAGUAGUUUGCUUAGUACGCAAUUAACAUAUGUCAACCUGCCUUGGAGUCGAAUUAUGAAAGAUCUACUCGAGGUUCGCCAGAGCCCACUGUUUUCAAAAUAGCUUCUUUACGCUAGACUAAGCGCCUUGAUAAAGAUCAAGUCACCUUCAACCAGGUUUACUUACCAAAUGUAGUUUAAUUUUAUCAUGAUGAAAGGUCUGCGAGAUAUUUUUCUUACCCGUGUAUUCAGAAUAACAGAACCGUGAAUAUAGUAUGUGAAAAUCGAUAAAUUCGCUUUAGUGAACUGCAGCGCCGUCGAGAGGGGGGCAAGGGUGGCAUAUCGCCCCCAGGGCCUCGAGAUCUAUGGGGACUCAUUAAGUGAUGAAUUUCAUUUUAAAAUGAAAUUAAUUAAAAGUAAGAAAAUAAUGCCUUAAAUCGUAAGAUGUUUGAAACAAAAGAAUGAAUUAAUGCUAAUCUAAAAGGCGUGGUCGCGAAAAUCUUCUGCUCGCUUCGCUUGCAGGGAGCCUCGUCUUCCAGUUUUGCCUCAGGGUCACUAAAGCCCCUCGGCGGCCCUGGUGAACUGUGACGUACAAGAAUUAGAUUGCUGUACGUCGUUGUCU